AUGGAAUCCUAUAAUCACAUAGUUUCUGCUGAGAUUCCUGACAAAAAAGAGUAUCCACACUUGUUUAAAAUGGUUCGCAAACACAUGAUGCAUGGUCCUUGUGGCGACAAAAAUGCAGAUAAUGUGUGUAUGCAAGGUACAAUAGUUAAAAAAUGCAAAAAUCAUUAUCCUAAACAGUGGGCAGAAAAGACUACACAAUAUGAAAAUUCUUAUCCAACAUAUAGGCGGAGGAGCAAUGGAGAAAAGGUAAAAGUUCGAGGCCAUGAAUUGGAUAAUAGAUGGAUGGUUCCAUAUAAUCCUUACUUGUUAGCAAAAUUCAAUUGCCAUAUGAAUGUUGAAAUUUGCUCAACAAUAAAGGUAGUCAAGUAUACUUAUAAGUACAUAUAUAAGGGACAUGAUAAAAUAUACUUUGCUGUGAAUUCAGAUGACAAAUCUAAAGAGAUAGAUGAAAUUAAGGAGUACCAAUCAGCAAGAUGGGUUUCUCCUAUUGAAGCCAUUUGGCGAAUUUACAGAUUUCUCUUAUUUGAAACACAUCCUGCUGUCAUUAACCUUCAGCUACAUCUUGAUUACCAAUCUCUGACCUUCAAAGAUGAUGCUGAUCUUGGAGAUCUUUUGAAAAGUAAAUUUGCUAAGAAAAGUAUGCUAACUGAAUUUUUUCAUAUGAAUGCUACUGAUGAGAGAGCCAAAACAUUGAAAUGCACAUACAAAGAAUUUCCUGAACAUUUUGUGUGGAAACUUGGUAAACGCAUAUGGGAUAUUAGGCAACAAAGAGGUUCAAUAGGCCGAAUUGUUACAGCAAAUCCAAGUGAGGGUGAGAGGUACUUCUUAAGAUUAUUGUUAUUGAAUGUAAAAGGGCCAACAUCAUUUGAUGACCUGAAAACUGUCGAUGGUGUUUAUGUUAAAACCUUUACAGAAGCAGUAAUAAUGAGAGGAUUAUUUGAAUCCAAUAACCCUCAAGAGCAGUGCCUAGAAGAAGUAGCUUUAUACCACAUGCCAUAUAGCUUUAGAAGACUAUUUGCUACUCUAUUAGUUUACUUCACUCCUACUGAUCCAAGAAGUUUAUGGUUAAAAUUCAAAGAAUCUAUGUCAGAAGAUUUCAAUAGAACUUUGAAUUUGUCAAACGAUCAGGUCCAACAUAAAGUUCUCUAUGAGAUUAGCAAGUUUUUAGAGUCAAUGGGAAAAAUCAUUAAUAUGUAUGGAUUAGUACCACAAAUCUUAAAGUUUGAUGAAAUGGAUGGAGGUACAAGAGACACAAAUUCUGAGCUAAACUUUAAAGUCAAUGAAGAAGAUAUUGCUGCUAUCUCUAAAUUAAAUAAAGAUCAAAAAGUAGCAUUUGAUACUAUCAUAGAUGCUGUUUUUGUACACUGCAAAGGGAGUUUCUUUAUUGAUGGGCCUGGGGGAACAGGGAAAACAUUCUUGUACUGUGCGCUACUAGCUGCAGUUAGAUCAAAGGGAUGUAUAGCUUUGGCAACGGCCUCUUGUGGAGUAGCUGCUUCUAUCUUACCUGGAGGUAGAACAGCCCACUCACGAUUUAAAAUUCCUUUAGACAUGAAUCCUAACAACAUGUGCAAAGUAAGCAAACAAAGCUCAUUGGCAAAGUUAUUACAGCAAGCCAAAUUGAUCAUUUGGGAUGAAGCGCCUAUGACACAUAGAGCAGGAAUUGAGGGAGUAGAUCGUUUGCUUAGAGACCUAAUGGAUAACUCUGAAUUAUUUGGGUCAAAAGUGAUGGUAUUUGGUGGUGAUUUUAGGCAAGUUCUUCCGGUAGUUGUAAAAGGGUCAAAAUCAGACUUUAUCGAAGCUAGCCUUAUAAAAUCUUAUAUUUGGCCUCAUCUGCAGAAAUUAAAAUUGAAGGAAAACAUGAGAGCAAGAUUAGAUCCUGAUUUUAGCAAGUACCUUCUUCGCAUAGGUAAUGGAACAGAAAACACAGUUAAAAAUGAAAGUAUUCACACCUCUCAAGCAUUGCUUCUUUGCUAUACAAAUGAAGAAGAAUCCAUAAAUCAAUUAAUUACAACUGUCUAUCCAAACUUCAACAUAUUUUCUCAAAAUACAUACUCAUUAAUUAAUAGAGCAAUUUUAACUACAAAAAAUGAUUUUGUAGAUCAGAUCAAUGAAAAACUGAUACAGGAAUUUCCCAGAACCCCAUUUGACUAUUUAAGCAGAGAUAAAUGUUUAGAUAAUUCGCAGCAAGCAAUUUUAGAGGACUUCAUGAAUAGCCACACUCCAAAUGGUUUUCCUCCACAUCGAUUGACAUUGAAAGAAAAUGCACCAAUAAUGUUGUUGAGAAACAUUGACCCACCAGAAGGUCUAUGUAAUGGAACAAGACUUCUAUGCAAAUCACUUAAACACAAUAUUAUCGAUGCAGUCAUAAGUUCUGGUGAAUUUGCUGGCAAGCAAGUAUUUCUACAUAGAAUUUGCUUUCGUGUUGAAAAUGACCCUAAUUCUCUUAUAUCUUUUGAACGAAUGCAAUUUCCUAUAAGACUUUGUUUUGCAAUGACCAUUAAUAAAGCUCAAGGGCAAACUUUAGAUUAUGUUGGCAUUUAUUUGCAAGAACCUGUUUUUUCACAUGGGCAACUGUAUGUUGCAUUAUCUAGAGCUAAAAAUAGCAAAUCUGUUAAAAUUUUGAUCACGCCUCCUAUAUAUGAUUCAAGUUUAGAUUAUGUGACUCCUAAUAUAGUUUACAAGGAUGUAUUGCAGCUAUCUUGUCAAUAA